AUGACUUCUCAACAUAUAAAUUCAGGAAGAUACACAAUAUCCAAUUCCAAACUAAUAGAGCACAUCUCAGAUGACACUGAUGACGAACUCGAUAUAACACAGGGAGACAUUGUUACAGAUUAUUCAUUUGAUGACAUAGCAACUGAGGAUUUUGUUGAUACUGAUUAUGAUGGCAAUCUAGACGCACCAUAUGACAAUGAAAAUACCGGUGCAGGUUACAAGGAUAUUGGAGAUCCUAUUUGGCAAUGCAAGCAAUGUAAAGCGAAGAUGUGGUAUGAUGACAGGAUUAACAAAGAUAAACAGACAAAAAACUCAAAGUUUUCAUUAUGUUGUGGUGAUGGAAAAAUACAACUGCCAAUACUACAUGAUGCUUCGCAACCCUUGCGGGAACUACUCUUUGACAGCAGAGACUCACAAGCAAAGAAAUUCCAGCAAAACAUACGUUUUUACAACCUAAUGUUUGCAUUCACAUCUCCUGGUGUCAAAGUAGACGACACAUCCUAUAAUACUGGAAGAGGUCCUCCUACAUUGCGCAUACAUGGUCAAUCGCAUCACCUUAUUGGAAGCCUCCUACCUAUGCCUGAUAACUCACCAAAGUUUGCACAACUAUAUAUUUAUGACAUGGAAAACGAAGUCAACAAUAGGCUUUCACAAUACCCUAUCAAAAAUAAUGUUGAUGAAGACAUUAUAAUUGGUAUCAAGAAUAUGCUAGAUACCCACAAUCCAUAUGCACAAAAAUUCAGAAUGGCAAGGGAUAAACUAGACUCUUCUGCAGUGUGUGACCUGAAACUAAAACUCAUAUUAUAUAAUUUGCCAAAUGCUUCUGAAGUGGCUACUUUAAUUGUUGGUGAUGAGCAUAUAGCGAAUAACAGAGAUAUCAUCAUCGAGAAGCAAACAAGCAUGCUGCAAAGAAUAAAUGAACUUCAUCCUGCUUAUUUAUCUUUGCAAUAUCCUCUUUUGUACCCACACGGUGAAGAUGGCUACAGACCAAACAUUCUUCAUAAGGAUCAUCCGCAUAGCCAUGCUUCAAAGAGGAACAAAGUUACCAUGCGUGAGUAUUUUUGUUACAGGAUGCAAUUAAGGGAUAAUGAAGCACAAACAAUACUUCAUUCAAGAAGAUUGUUUCACCAAUGGGUUGUUGAUGAGUAUUGUAUGAUUGAGUCUCAAAAACUAAACUAUGUUAGACAACAUCAACAAGAACUCCAAGUUGACAAGUACAUCAAUUUAAAUGAUUGUAAUAAUCAGCCCCUAACCCAAGGCAAUGAAAAAGGUAAGAGAAUUAUACUACCAAGUUCGUUCGUUGGUAGUCAGAGAUAUAUGGAACAAUUAUAUUUUGAUGGGAUGGAAAUUUGUGCCAAUGUUGGAUUUCCUGACCUAUUCUUGACAUUAACGUGUAAUCCAACAUGGCCAGAAAUACAACGACAAGUUGCAAAGUCAAAUCUUACAGCUCAUGAUUGCCCUGAUGUUGUGUCACGGGUAUUCAAAAUGAAACUAAACCAGUUGAUGCAUGAUCUUAAAAGUGGACAUGUGUUUGGUCCCAUUCUUGCAUCUGUUUACACCAUUGAGUGGCAAAAAAGAGGAUUGCCUCAUGCUCAUAUCUUAAUCUUUUUGCAUCCUUCAAAUAAGUAUCCAAAUCCAGAAGACAUUGACAACAUAAUUUCUGCUGAGAUACCAAACAAGGACACACAUCCAGAAUUGUAUCAAAUUGUCUCCAACCAUAUGAUGCAUGGACCAUGUGGAAUAGCCAAUAGAAGGGAACUGUGUAUGGCCAAUGGCAAGUGUAUCAGGUUUUUCCCAAAAAAGUUUCAGCCAGCCACAAUUGUUGACCAAGAUGGUUUUCCUGUUUAUAGAAGAAGAGACACCAGACGAACUAUGUAA